UGUUUUUGCGCUUUCCGAAGAGAAAUAUUUUUAUUCCAUAAUUAAAAAAUAUUGGUAAAUGCGUGGUAUUAAAAUUCCUAAGUGCAAAAUAAGUAAUAACAUUAUUAAUCAGAAAUGAAAACACGCCAAUCCUUACCUUCUACAUGAAAAGAAGACUCGGAAUACACGAAAAAGAUGGCCCAUGAAGCUAUCUAUCAUAUUAUUGGAAUUUUAUAAAGCGAUAGUAACAGGAAACUAUUAAUGCGAAAAGAAAUAUGCAUUUCUUCAUUUUAAUUCUUGGAGCUGGAUUUGCUUUUUCUCGACCAGUUCCAGCAAACAAAACAACCCAAUUCGAGAAAUUUCUGUUUCGUCCUUUUCCGUUAUUCAGUUCAAAUGACAGGAGAGCAUUAUUUGAUGGAAUGAAGAAAGAGGAAGGUGCCGAUGACUAUGAAUACAGGAUUGCUGUUCAGCUAACCAUAAAUGAAGACCCUGCCUUGACUGAUAUCACUAAUCUAAAAUCUCAGCCUCCAAAGCAUAUUGAUGGAAAUAGCUUCAAUCAUGACGACCUGAGAUGGCAAUUAGAUGCCAGUAAACAGGGCAGUGGAAUGCUGACAGCAGAUCAAACCAUCACAGAAAGUGAUUCUACUCAACGAACUGGUUUACACAAUUUGGUAAGCAAUCCCAUGAGAGGAAGAAAUAAUGGAACUUACUUUUCUAUUCAAGGAAUUGAAGGGGAUUUAAUGAACUUCAUUCUCAGAAUGUUAUACAUUAGCCUAACAUUUGCUAUCCUUUCAUUUUUAUGCUGUGCUCAUUACAAGGAACUCGGAAAUAAAUACAAACUUCCAAAAAAUUCCAUCAAUAUAUGAAGAACUGUAAUUCUUUUAAAUGAAAGGAAAUAAGUUAUAUGUGGAUACACACAAAAUUGGAAAUCUUAUGAUUAAAAGAUAAAUUCCAUUGUAAAAUCAUAUCAAAAUUGGAAAUAAUUCAUUGUAUUAAAAUUACAAAUAAUUUGGUGAAUAAACUUUGGGUUUUAGCAAACAAGUCUUCCACUUACAAAAUAUUUAGAAAUUAUCUACACAACAGCGCUUACCAAAAAUAAGUCUAUAAUUUACAUCAGGAUGCAACAUUUACAGUCCUUCAGUUAAUGAAAUAAUAUCUACGUUCAGAUGCUAAUACAUAAAAGCAGAAAAAAAGAAGAAACACUGACUCUGGUAUGUGUAGAAUAACACAGAAACCACAGGAAUAUAAAAUUAUAAGGUAAGGCUUUUAAAAUUUUUCAGAAGAAAUGUAUCCAAACUGGCAUAAUUAACCUGACAGAUUCUGGUGAACAAAAAAAAAAAAAAAAAAAAAAAAAAAAAAAAAAAAGACUCCAAGAAAACCUAACAGAUCAACUCGAGAUGUUUGUUGGAUAACUUUAA